AGGGGAGGAAAGGCAGCCAGCCAAUAGGGGGCGGGGGAAGCGGCGAUGGCGGCGCGCGCGGCGCUGUGCGUGGCCGGCGCGGCGCUGUCGCUGUACGCGCUGCACGUGGAGCGGGAGCACGCGCGCGACCCGGCGUACCGCGCGCGCUGCGACCUGGCCCAGGCCGUGUCGUGCACGCGCGUGUUCGCUUCCCGGUGGGGGCGUGGCCUGGGGCUGGUGGAGCCGCUGCUGGGCCGGGACAGCGCCGCCAAUGUCCCCAACGGGGCCGUGGGGGUCGUGUUCUACCUCCUGCAGGGGCUGCUGGGGGCAGUGCCAGGCCGGGGGGCGGCCGCGGUGCUGUUGGGGACGUCAGUGACAUCGGCCGUGGCCUCGCUGUGGCUCGCAGCCGUGUUGGCCUUCAUCCUGCACGACCUGUGCCUGGUCUGCAUCAGCACCUACGGCCUCAACCUCCUCCUGCUGCGCCUCAACUGGCGGCGAUGGAGGCAGCUCCAGCGGCCCAAAACCGCCUGAAAUCGACCCAAAAGGGGCAUUGGGACAGCUCAAUACAUGGCAACGGGACCCCCAUGGCUCCCUCUGUGUGU